AUGACACAUAGUGAAAAUGACUCAGUGACUCACUCUGGUGACAUGCCUUCCCCUCUUCUGCAUGAGGAUCCAUUCAUUUCCAGACUGUCCUGGGAAGCUGAUGUGAUUGCUGCAUUUUAUUUAAUAGUCAUAGGAUUUGUUUCAGUUUUUGGAAAUGGUUAUGUGAUUUAUAUGUCAAUCAAACAGAAGAAUAAGCUGAAACCUGCUGAACUGAUGACAAUAAAUCUGGCAAUUUCUGAUUUUGGGAUGGCAGUUGGAGGAAAACCCUUCCUGAUUAUCUCUUGUUUUGCUCAUCGAUGGAUCUUUGGUUGGAUUGGCUGCCGUUGGCAUGGGUGGUCAGGGUUUUUCUUUGGAUGUGGCAGUCUAAUUACAAUAACUGUUGUAAGUCUGGACAGAUAUCUAAAAAUUUGCCAUUUACAGUAUGGUGUUUGGUUUCAAAGGCGUCAUGCCUUUAUGUGUUUGGGUUUCAUCUGGCUUUAUGCUGUAUUUUGGGCCACCAUCCCCCUUGUUGGAUGGGGAGAAUAUGUUCCUGAGCCUUUUGGUACAUCAUGCACUCUGAACUGGUGGCUUGCACAAGCAUCUGUGAAUGGACAGGUCUUCAUUCUGAGCAUACUGUUCUUUUGUCUUGUGCUUCCAACAGCCAUAAUAGUAUUUUCCUAUGUAAAAAUCAUAGGCAAAGUAAAAUCAUCUGCCAAAGAAGUCGCAAACUUUGAUUCAAGAGUUCAAGGAAACCAUUUGCUGGAAAUAAAACUUACAAAGGUAACAAUGUUAAUAUGCGCAGGAUUCUUAAUUGCUUGGAUUCCGUAUGCUGUUGUUUCAAUCUGGUCAGCCUUUGGUACUCCUGAUUCAGUGCCAGUAAAAGUUUCUUUAGUACCUACCUUAUUUGCAAAGUCAGCACCAAUGUAUAAUCCCAUCAUAUAUCAAGUCAUUGACUGUAGAUGUGGCUAUAAAAGGAUCUGCAGCUGCUUCAGAUCAUCAGAUCCAAAGGCAUCACACAGGAAUUCACGGGCCAUCUCAGUGAGCAGAGACGUCGGUUACUUAGAAGUAAUUGAGACAAAGCUGGAGAAUUGA